AGGAGGCAGGCUCUGACGUCAGCACGGCGCCUGGAUGCACGCGGUUGCGCAGCUCUGCUGGCUCCUGAUGCUGACUGAUGCUCGCUGUGAUCUGCACUAAACGCAGAGGAGCAGGCAGACUGAAGUGACGCCACUGCGCUUUUUUCAAAUUGACUGAGAGAGAGAGAGAAACACUGGAGGUGAAAUGAGAGUGCAAGAGGGCGGGAGAAGGAGGGGACUGCAGAUCGCACAGGGUCUGGAUGAAUAACCAUGGCAACAGCAGCAGCAGCAGGAGAAGCACUGAUACAAACAUUUGCACACCACACAUCCAUCCAAACAGUGCGCUUUAUUCACUGACGGAACCGAACUGUGUGCAGACGCCGCUGCAAGGUGAUGAGUGGGACUAUAACAUGUCUGAAGUACAGGGAACACUGGAGUUUUCUGUAGAGCUGCACAAGUUUCACAAUGUGGAUCUGUUCCAAAGAGGAUUCUACCAGGUGCGCGUGGGGCUGAAAGUCUCGCCUCGAGUGCCCCACAGGCUGAUCGUGACGACACGAGACAAUAAAGGAGAAUGUAGCUUCAGCUCUGCGGGGGUUUACGACGGAACCGUGUUCAGCCGGAUAUUUCAGAUCCUUUAUAGGAAUGAGGAGAUUGUGGUGAAUGACUGUAUGAUCUUUAAAGUCCAUCUGCUGCUGGAUGGAGAAAAGGUGGAGGAGGCCCUGAGUGAGGUGGACUUUCAGUUGAAGCUGGAUCUUCAUUUCACCGACAGUGAGCAACAGCUCUCGGGGAUAACGACGGUCCCGUUGAUCAGCAGUCGGACUCUCAGCCUGCACUUCCACCCGUGGAGGGGUCUCCACCACCACAUCCCUGUCAUGUUCGACUACUUCCACCUGUCCGUCAUUUCUGUCUCCAUCCACGCCUCACUGGUUGCCUUACAUCAGCCGCUAAUCAGCUUUGCUCGACCAGGGAAGGGCUCUUGGUUGGGGAAGGGCUCACCAGAGAGCACCGGUGACCCUUCUGCCAUGUUUGCAGAGAACCUUGUGUUCGGCUCUGGGUACUGCAAGCCCAUCGUCUCUGAGGGGAGCUUUUAUGUUCCCAGUGAAGACUGUCUGGAGAGAGUGCAGACGUGGCAUCGAAGGCUCUGUCGCGUCCUGCUGGUGGCAUACAAAGGCCUGCAUGCUUAUUACACUGCACUGAUGAAGGAAAUCCCUCAACUCCAGCAGACUGCACUCACCUCAGAGACACUUCCUGUGGGAGAAACUCUGAAUCAGCUCACAGCAGAGUUACAGCUACAGAAAGGCCACGAAAAGGUAGUGGAGCAGAUCAGCAGGGAUGUGAGCCAGCUCUGCUCUCAGCUGGCUGCUCUCUGGAGUCAAUUCUUGGAGGUCGCUGUGCUCAACCCCCACAUACUGUCAUACCUGGCCCAGGAGCACCACACGCUCAGGGUCAGAAGAUUUUCAGAGGCAUAUUUCUUUACUGAACACUCCAAAGAGGCAUCUCUGACUUUUCAAGAGGACUUGAUCAACAGACAUGGCCAGAUAGCUGCUGAAGUGCGGUGUUCAGACUACCUGACCAAGAUGCCUCCCUUACCUGUCGAGUGCCUGGACAUUGAUGGAGACUAUACCAGUCUGCCAAUCAUCUUUGAGGACAGAUAUGUCAAGUCUCCUCAAACAGACUGCGUAUCACAUGUGCCAAUGCCUGGAACCACAAGUGAACAGACCAACUCUGACCCUGCAGUCACCCCUGCCACUAGGAUUUUUCCAAGAAGCCAGCGAACCAGAUCACCAGCAAUACAACAGGAUCUUUUGGACAGUGAUGAUUGCAUGGAUCUGCCCACAUAUGUUUCACUCAUAUCAGAACAGAGUAAGACCAGCAAUAGCAUCAGAAAUACCAAGAACAUUGUUCCUAAAGAGGAAAGUAUAAGGACUAGAAGACCAGAGGAAGAACAUGUUCAGUGUGAGGAGCGAUGUGAUUCUGCAUUGACAGACAUUACUUGCAGAAGAGAAGGUGUCCUGGUUCUCUCGUUAAACCAGAAUCAUCUGGUUAACUCCAGUAUGGCUAACAGUGGUCAAGGGUCCCCGGUUCAUCAUGUAUCAGAAAGUCCACCAGAUAUUCUCAAAGACUGCAAUGCAAGAGUGAAUGAAGUCAGCAAAGAGGAACCUUUGGUUACCACCGUAGAAGAUGAGAAGGACAACAUCCCUCUCAUCAACCGGUCCACUGCUGACAUGCAUCAGGUUAUUUCUCCUAUUCCUGGUGAGCUCAGAAAAGACUCAAAUCACCACGGUGGCCUGGUUGGUUGCAAAUUCAUGAAGCGCUCCUCCUCAGUUAUUUCCGACUCAGGCAUUGAGAGUGAGCCCAGCUCGGUGGCGUGGCCUGUGGAGGCCCCCUUGCAGGCCCCUCCUUUAGACUUUGUCAGUGAACAGGAGAUCUCACAGCAACUGGUAUGCCAUCACCCGGCCCACCGCAGUUCUCUUGAAGGGUUCCAGAUGGAGAGCAAUGGCAGCUUUCGGAGCGGAGGCAUACAGGCCUCCCUCACCUCCAUUACCUCUUUGCCCUAUGAGGAAGACCAGCAGCACAGGCAACUCAGCAAACUGACCAAGUCGGUUUCUGCACCGCAGAUAAGUAGUCCGGAAGACAUCAAGGAACACCGUGUGACGCUCAGCCAGGAAUUAGAUACUGACAGAUUUGUGCAUUCGUGUAGGGUCAACCCUUCUUCACAGGAUUCGGAACAGCCCCACAUGUCCGCUUUAGUGACACAAUCAAACCCUGAUUAUGUUUUUGAGGAGCUUAUUUGUCCUGAAAAGUUAAACUCUCUGCAGUACCUAUCAGAGAAAAACAGAGUGAAGUCGGUAUUAAGUGGUGUUACAGAAGUAUUGCUUUUACAGCAGUGUAGACACGACAGCACUGCUUUCACCAGCCCGGAGGAAAUUAUGGACCAUCAGACACGUGGCAGCAGAAUUAAUGAAUCAGUGGUGGAGGUGCAUCUGUGCGAAUCAGCACCCUGCAGGUGUGGAAAUGAGUCAUGUGGACAUCAAAGUGAAGCACAUCAGGAGAGCACAAACACUGGUGAUGAACAUCAAACUUCUAUAUCUCUUAUCACUGAGAGUCAGGAGUAUCUGGAUCCUUUACAAGUAUCUCUUGAUUCUGAUGACUUAAGGAGACACCAUGCUGAUGAUCUCCGGGACACCCCCAACAGUACCAGCUCCACUCAGAGACCCACUGAACUUGGAGGGCUGGCAGCCAGUGAAGUCGCACUAUCUGUGGAUCUUAGUGGCAUCUCAGCCAGUGACAAAGAGCCGUUGAACUGUCAGAGUAAGCCGUCCAAGAUCCCCAACUCGGGUCUGGCCUUCAUGAAUAAGAAGAUGGUGGAGGUUGUGAACAUGUCUGUGUCUUGUGCGCCAACGUGUUUGCCUUUUUCCUCCGCCCUAAGAGACUCUCCAUCAAUCAGUGGGAUUUCUAGUCGCCAGGCUGCCUCGCCGAUCACCCAUCAACCCCUGGGCUCCUUUGGUAUCAUAUCUUCAUCGUUGUUUAAUCAGCUGAGCAUGGAUGAUGAGACCAAUGAACGAAUGCUAAAUUUCUAUAAAGCCAAAGAAGAGCUGUUCAAAGCGCUGAGCUUCCAGGCCAGUCUGUACAGCGACCUUCCUCUCCUUGCAUCAGAUCUUCCCUACUUUCCCCCCGAGGAAGAGGACGAGGAAUUCGAUGAUGGCAUACACCUUGUGGUGUGUGUGCACGGACUUGAUGGCAACAGUGCAGACCUUCGGCUGGUAAAGACCUUUAUUGAGUUAGGUCUGCCGGGAUCCAGGCUGGACUUCCUCAUGUCGGAGAGAAACCAGACUGACACGUUUGCAGAUUUUGACACCAUGACGGACAGGCUGCUGGACGAGAUCAUCCAACACAUCCAGCUGUAUAAUCUCACCAUAGGCAGAAUCAGCUUCAUUGGCCACUCUCUCGGGAACAUCAUCAUCCGCUCGGUGCUGACGAGGCCUCGUUUCCGCUGCUAUUUGCCCAAACUGCACUCUUUCCUCUCGCUGUCGGGACCACACUUGGGAAUGCUGUAUAACAACAGCACGCUGGUCAGCACAGGUUUGUGGUUAAUGCAGAAGCUGAAGAAAUCCGGAUCCCUUCUGCAGCUCACCUUCAGAGAUCACGUUGAUCCACGGAAAACAUUCCUGUAUCUCCUGAGUCAGAAACCAGGACUGCAAUUCUUCAAGAAUGUGGUGUUGGUUGCGUCUCAGCAAGACCGCUACGUUCCGUUCCACUCUGCUCGAAUCGAGAUGUGUAAAACAGCAAUCAAAGACAAGACCACAGGUCCCGUGUACACUGAAAUGAUCAACAAUUUACUGCAGCCACUCUUAGAGGCUAAAGAAUGCCGACUGAUCCGCCAGAAUGUGUUCCACGCACUGCCCAACACCGCCAAUACUCUGAUUGGACGAGCUGCCCACAUUGCUGUUUUGGACUCGGAACUGUUCCUGGAGAAGUUCUUCUUAGUGGCGGCGCUCAGCUACUUCAAGUAAACGGUCCACUGCAUCUUUAGAAGACACCGCCUGCUCAUUGGUGAUGAUUUGUACAUUUUUAUGAUUGAUAUCGACAGUUUGUGUGAUGUAAUAUGAACACUGGUGCGUGUGAUUUAAGGUCUGUAGAUCCGGUUUGUUGGGAUUGCCAGCAGCCGUGAUUGUAAUGAUCCAUGUUGUGAAUGUUUAAAUUGCUAACUCGGAAUUCUGGAUUUGUUAUGUAGCCAUGCAAAACAAAACAUCUGAUGUCUAAUGUGGGAUUAAUUCUGGAUGUUUUGUUUUGGCCUUACGAAAAAUGUCUCAGCUGGAGGACAAACAGAUGACAUUUAAAGCAUUUAACAUCUUUCCCUUUAGAAUUGUACAAAGGCUUCAGUCUGGGUGGUUUAAUUCUUAUUUACAGGAUGUAGCUAUGUUUGUCUUCAAGGCAAUAGAUGAAAAGCUUUUAUCCACCUUAUUGUAAAUUGAGCAUUUUGUUGUACAAAA